CCACGGACAACAUUUGGGUUCGAGUUGGAUCUCCGGCCAUAUGUGGAGAAGUGGUGAGAUGACCAUGCGGAGAAGACCGUAGAAGACUUCUGAGCGAGUAACUUGAGCAACAGAUAGCAAUAAAUCUGCUGCCUCAUAUAUAUCGUACAUAGCCACUUGCAAUGUAUCUCCGGCUGUGUCAUGUGCGCCAAGUCUCAUUCAUUAUAUAAAGACCUUCGGAUGGUCUAUACGAACCAGUAUGGAAUUCUCAUCUUAGAAACACCAUGCCACGAACCAAAGAAACCGGCAACGCGGACCUCCAGAUUGACCUGGCAUCACCCCCUGGAUGGACAUUUGCCCCCGGGGACACGGUCAUCGGCACAGUCCUGCGUCGUUCGCACAUUGUCGCCCCGCAAGCCACCGUGAAAUUGUCGCUGGUAGGACACGUGAGGACCAAAAUCACACCAAAUGGCAGCAGCAGCCGCGGCUACUACCGUGCGCACUGGUACCUUUUUAGCACGACGACGACGCAAGUACUCUUUGAAGGACCCUUGCAUGUCCCCAAAGACAGCAGCAACGGCAAAGAUGAGUCCUCUUGGUCCUUCUCGCUGCCCAUUCCGAUGAAGCCGGCCGAUUCAGCGCUGGGAGGCCAUUACAACAAAGAGGGUUUCUUGCCGCAGGACAAAUAUGGUAUUGCACAGCACACGUUGCCCGGGACAUUCAUCACAUGUAAUAACGACUGGAAUCACUCUUCCGAAGGAUGCGUGGAGUACUAUCUCGAAGCUCGGCUACAAUAUCACCAGCGGGGCUCGUAUAAUUUCGAUAGGGCUACGGUCCCCAUCAUAAUGCGGCCCCAAGCCCCGAUUGUCUUUCCCGAUUGCGACCUCCAGCGACACACAAUCGACCAGAUAUUCCGGAGCCAGCGGCUGCUACCAGGGAUGGAGCGCGCGGAUCGAACAUUCAGGCAAAAGACACAGAGGCUCCUGGGCUCGUCCAAGGUACCCAGAGCACACUAUAGCGUUGAGAUCGGUUUGCCUCGCGUCAUCCAGCUGGACAACCGAUCGCCCAUACCACUUACCCUGAACAUCGUACCACCAUCCCAGCAGGGAAUGACCAGCAGCAUCGGCGUGCAAAAUGCCGGGAUGAGGGUCCGGCUCAACUGGGUCAAGAUGUCUAUCAAGUCCACGACUACUCUCCUCGCACCACGCGACGCCAGGAAACUUCUCACUAAGAGCGAUGCCCAUUCAGUCAACCACAAUCUGAAUCUGGAAAGGGCUUUUCGGGACCUUGAUGUCCCCAUUGAGUUUUCGAUUGACAAAACUCGCGAUAAUGGACCAGUCAAUAUCGGCAGUAUGUUUCAGCUAGUUCUCCGUUCGAAUGGGUUAAAAGCUGGAAAUCGACGUCUUGCUUCUGUGCCAUAUCCGUAUAUCCAACCUGAUCUAGUCACAUAUAAUAUCAGGCAUAGUCACACGCUGGAGAUGGAGGUGUCUUUGACUAUUGCAGGAGAACGCCAUACGAUUCCAGUGAGUGGCGAUGUGAUGAUAUUAGCAGCUAACUGAAGAAGCAUUCAGAUGGAGUUAAUGGUGACUUU